UUUUCGGCCUCAAAGAUGGAAGCAGCCGACCGGCAGAAAGAGUGCGAGGCGAGCCGCAAGAGGGGCAGUACCCUUUUGAGGGACGGCCAGCACCUGGAGGCCGUGGCCGCCUUCACUCGGAGCCUCGCCCUGGCGCCGACCGCCGCCUCCAGAGGGCUGGCCUACGCAGGCCGCAGCGCCGUCCUCGAGGCCGCCGGCCACUUCCGACAGGCCGCCGACGACGCCCGUCGCGCCCUCGGCCUCGACUACCCCGACCUGCUCAAGUACAAACUGCACCUGCGGAUGGCCGUGUGCCGGAAGACGCUGGGCCAGCAUGCCGAGGCCGAGGAGAGCCUCCGGCAGGCCACGGAACUGAUCCAGGGUUGCCAGCUGCCCGAGGAGAAAAAGGGCCGGCUGCUAGAGGAGGCGGCAGAUGAGUUCCGAGCGGUGGCGACCAGCAAGGGUCAAGGUUUGUGCGUCAGGUACCUCGAUGCGCCUGAGCUAAGCCACGGAUGGCGGGAGGAGGGCGACAAAAGGCUCUCGUCCGCCGUUGAAGUGAAAAAUGACGAAAAGUUCGGACGGCACUUGCUGGCCGCCAGAGACAUCAAUACAGGAGACGUGUUGCUGGUGGAAACGCCGCUGAUUGCAUUUCUGCUCGAGGCGGAGAACUUCGACAAAGGGCACAAAGAGGCCCUCUGGACGCAUUGCUCGCACUGCUACAAAAUGUGCCUCAACUUGGAGCCGUGCCCCGAUUGCCCUUGGGCUCUCUACUGCAGCGAAGAGUGCAGAAAAGGCGCGUGGAGCGGCUACCACAAGCUCGAGUGCAGAAUGCGCCGCAAGUACGACCUGUUGAAGGCCCCUUGCGACCCUGAUAGCUCCGGUUCGUGGACAAGAAUAAUGAUCAAAGCCCUGUCAACCCUGACCCCGGCCGCCUGUCUGGAAAACAGUCCGCGGGUGGCGGAAAUUCUGUCCCUGCUGCCGGACGUCUACGACGACGAAAAGCUCGAAAGGAUCCGGAAGCUGGCCAAAACCAUCUGCGCUGUGUGUUGCGAAGAGCUGAGCGCCGAGCAGCGUGAAAAUCUGGCCAAAGUAUGCGAGAGGAUUCUGCUUGUUUUCCAGAGGAACUCGUACACCAUUGACGAGAGCCACUUUGUGCCAUCGAUCGACGCUUUCCGCUCCAGGGAGGUCAUUGGAAGGGCCAUGUACCCCACCGUGGCGCUAAUGAACCAUUCGUGUGACGCAAAUACCACCAGGGUUUACCACCUCGGCACUCAGGUUGUCAGGGCAAUAAGACCGAUCAAGAAAGGUGAGCAGAUAUUCAGCAGUUACGGCCCAGAGUACGGCGGGAUGCCAAAGUCGCGGAGGCAAGCCAUUCUCAGGAAAAAAUUCUACUUCGAAUGCGACUGCGACUCGUGCGACGACGACUGGCCGUUGAUAGGCGCGACAAUGGGCCAAGUUCCUGAAUUCCUCAGGCAGCCGGUUCACAUCCCUUUGCUGAAAGAGAUCGUGCAAAACGUGAUUGCUAAUAAAACGAUCCAAGGACGCUGUUACUCCAAAGUGGUCGACAAGGACAUUCUGGAAAAGUGCAGAAAGCUCCAGAAUUUGUUCGUGGCACAAGGCGAGUCCAGGGUCAACUGGAUUUAUUUCUUCACGGAAAAAUGCAUCGUCAACAAUUUUGACCUGUCAGCUAAAAUUUGGUUGAGUGCCACAGGAGACCCGUAUUUGUCUCCUUUCAACGAAGAUUCUAUAUUCGCAGUUUAUUAGAAUAGAAGUAGACAAAAAUCGACUGAAUAGAUGCAUAGAAAAAAUGUAUACGCUUAAAUAAAGUAUAAUUUAUUAGUUAA